CCUCUUUCUCUUGUCCCUCGCAACUCCUCCUACAGCACUUCACUCAAACCCACCAACAAUCCCCUACACGGUCCACACCUCCCAUGUUGGCAGCCUAGCUUCUUAACUCUCAGUUAUCUUGCGACCUAUUUAGCAUCCCCUUCCCUCUCGUCCCCCCCCCCUUCCCUCUCCCCCUCUAUCGCCCUAGUAAACGAACCCUCCUCCAGUCUCGAAAAUACUAUCCACACCCAUGUCCGUCUUCCCGGUUCGCCCACGCCCUCCCGACUCGAACUCCUCAUAAAAAAGAUAUCGUGUCCGAACAACAAACACACAAUUAAACAGCGAAAGACUCAUUCAGCUCACAUGGCAGACACAGCUACCGCCAUAUUCGAUUUCUCCGCUGUCAUAGCUCUCAAUGAUGCCCUGGCUACGAAUCAAAACAGCAACCCUCUAGUCAUCAAUCCCGAAAAAAUUAGCGGGACUACUCCUCACCGAUCCCUUGGUGACUUUACCCCCCUCUGGGAUUUUCUAGGGUCCUCGCCUGUGCCAUGCACUACCACUGACGAGGACGACCCAUCACCCCCCACCCAAAUUCAUCCAUCGCCAAGAAGGAAGCGCAAAACGCGCCACUCAAGUUCGUUUAAGAUCGAUGCAGUUACCCAGGAAACUCCACCAGUAGUGAGGCUGAGGGGGAUGGAAACACCAGCUCCCCUGCAACCAGUUUUCCAGCAACCAAUGCCAAGUGCGGUUACAAACGCCAGUUUAGAGGAUCCAUUUGAUAAGCGGCCCGUGAUUCGGUCGCAGAUGACCUCGGUUGAAAGGAAAGCGCAACUAAUACAGAAGAUACUCUCACUAUUCCCCGCUCAAGCUUCCCGUCUUCUUAUUCGCCCAGGUCUCCGGUCAGGGGCGAAAGACCCUUCGGACACUGACAUUCAUGUCUUUGUCGAUGCUUCUAACAUCCUGAUCGGAUUCUACGAAUGCAUCAAGAAACGUAGGGGAUAUUCCCGCGGCGCAGCCAUUCGUCAGCCCGCAUUUUCCUUCCAUGGCUUAUCUCUUAUCCUCGAGAGGGGACGGAUAUCUUCCAAGAGGGUAUAUGUCGGGAGUUCACCAACAACCGUAUCCGCACUUGAAGCUCGUUCUCUUGGCUACGAAGUCAGUCUACUUGAGAGAGUAGAAAAGGAACGGGUGAAUACGAAAUACUCCUCCUCUUCGGGUUCCGAGGGCGCACACAAACGACGCCCCCGGAAAGUAGAGCAAGCCGUCGAUGAAAUCCUUCAUCUCAAAAUUUUAGAGAGUGUUCUGGAUUUCACGCCAACUACUAUCGUGCUAGCCAGCGGUGAUGCAGCUCAAGGAGAGUACAGUCCUGGCUUUUUCAAGGUCGUCGAGAGAUGUCUUGAUAGGGGUUGGAAAAUUGAGCUGGUAUCGUUUAAGGCAAGCUUGAGUUGGCUUUACUCAAACAAGGACUUCUUAGAGAAGUGGAAGGGAGCCUUUUCGUUAGUCUUGCUAGACACCUUUGUCGAGGAGCUUUUAGAGUAGCGCACAACCUUUCUCUUACGCUCAUAUUUCUCUGCUCAUUUCCCACAUUCUCCCUCCACUAUGUUCAGAGCCUUUUAGCUCCCCUGCCGCCUUUAUUUUUUUGCGCGGUACAUCUCUUAUAGCUUGUAUCCCUUGCUUCUUUCCUGUUUUUCCAUAUCUUGUUUUUUUCUGUCUAUCUUAUCUUUUGUGAUCCUGGCCUGCCCAAUGAUUUGGGUGGGGGUUCUAGUAUUUUUUAAGGAACCUGGAGGCAGGAAGAAGUUUUAGUGCUCGUGCUUGCACUGUACCGGUACGGUAUUAUGCCAUGCCAAAGCAUUGGGGAACUUGUAAAAAGGUACCUCUUUAACCAUCUUUGCGUUGUAAAGCGUCUUGUUGGGUUAAUAUCAUAGCACACGAUUUUGUUGUCACAAUAUCUUAUUACUUGACUACAUUCAUGGAAAUAGCACCUAAGAGGAUAGAAAUGAAGUAUACUUGUAAA